CUCUGCUUUUGAUUAGGUGAUGUCUCUCUUUCCAUCGAAUUCAAAGAUGGAUUAUUCUAUUUAUAGGAUGUUUGGACAGGAGCAAAACACAGAGCGAUCAACGAUUCAGAAGCCAAGGAAACAUCCCUAUCAUUGCCAACACAAGUGGACAUGCAAAGGUUAUCCUGAAUGUCCAAAGUGGCAUCAGACUGCUCUGAGACUGAUCAGCAUUGCACUGCUUAUUCUCAUUGCUACAGUGAUAGGACUGAUUAUUUGGGUAUGCCACCCAAACUUACGUUCCUUCAGUGAUAACCACAACAUGGAGAUGUUUGUUAGUGAAAAUGGAACCAGAGAAUGCAAUUGUAUAAAUACUUUUCCCAGGAAACAACCAAGUAAUACAAAUUUCACAAGAAGCCCUACACUAAACUUAUGCCCUAAUGACUGGGUGCAGGAGAAAGGGAAAUGCUAUAAUUUUUUUAAAAUUUUUAAUUCAUGGACUGAUAGCCAACAAUUCUGUUUAAGAAUGAAAUCACAACUCUUAAUGAUCCAAGACAAGGCUGAACUGGCUUUCAUACAAAAUAGUAUACAAGAUGGAAUCUACUUUUGGAUUGGAUUGAACAUUACAUAUCCACGAAAGACAUGGACCUGGCUGGAUGGCACCCCAUUAAGUCCACAGCUAUGUGAAGUCAAGAGCAAGGAUGAAGACAAUGCCUGUGCUGUGAUAACAAAGAAGGGUGUUUUUUCUGAAACAUGUCAAACUCAUAAUUACCAUAUUUGUCAAAAUGUGAUUUCUUCAGACGAUGACCUCUAAAUUGAUCACAGGUGGACAUUUACAAAAUGUGGAAAAAUGAUUGAAGAAAAGUUACAAUUGAAAGAGAAGAAAAAAUAAUAGAAGAUUAAAAGAUCUGAGGACCUCGAAUAUUCAAAGCCAAGUUAUCAAUGUUCUUUGAAACUAUUUUGACUUAAACACUGAAGCAUUUAAAUAAUUAAAUAUUAAAACAU